CCCUAUUAUUUUAAGCAUUUUCUACAUUCUACCUUUACAUUAUCUACCUUUGAGCCACCUGAACUGCGAGGACAUGACCCGUGUCCUGCCACACCCCUGAGGCGAGCCGGCAUUGGCUGGCGCUAGGCGUAUCGUCAUUGUUACCAGGAACUAGUCCGGAAGAAGCUGCUGAGGAGGAGCCGAGCACAGCACGAAAGGCUAGCUUCUACCUCGGGCAAAAUCAUGGCGCUUGGGGAUGCCUGGAAACAGAUUUCUUGGUUUUAUUACCAGUAUUUACUCGUCACAGCGUUGUAUAUGCUGGAGCCCUGGGAGAGGACAAUCUUCAAUUCGCUCUUGAUCUCUGUAGCAGGAAUGGCAGUAUACACAGGGUAUGUGUUCAUGCCCCAACACAUCAUGGCCAUUCUGCACUACUUUGAAGUGAUUUAGUGAUGUCUGUUCUGUGCCUUUGUGGAUGUGCUUGCUGUCAUUGUCUUGCGGCUACAAAAGAGGAGUGGUUCUGAGGACUAUGUCAUAAACACUGGACCUGUGAUGAUUGGGAGCAUGGUCAUUUUGGGUGGCCGGGAGGAAGAAGGUGGAACAAGCACAGCCUUGUGGCCGACCAUCCAGUCCUGCUUAAAUUGUGGUCUUGCUGCAAUUCACCUUCCCUGUACCUGUGACUUUAACUGCACAAAUGUCUUUAAAUCUUUUUUUUUUUCAUGGAGUAUAAGAUUUUUAUUUUGGCAGCGAUAUGUUAAGAUGGCAGAUAUUUUUUCCUGAUAUAUAUGUGUAUAUACAAUUGUAUACAUAUUGUAAAGUUUUAUAGUGACUGAAAAGAAAAUGUUUUCUUUUUUCAUCCUUGAUGCUAUCAGUCAAAUAACCAUGUUUUAAUGUCACUAUUGAUUUUAUUUGUUUUGUUUGUUUAAUGCCCACUCUCUGUACACCCAAAUAUA